CGGAUAGCGGCUAGACCGAAGCUGAGAGCGCGAGUGGAAGGAAAUUCAAUUAAACAGUUCUCGCAAUUCGUUUCAGUCAAAGUCGGCCUAAACAGAAACAUGAGUCUGUUGAAUAAGCCUAAGUCGGAGAUGACCCCGGAGGAACUGCAGAAACGAGAGGAAGAGGAAUUCAACACGGGACCACUGUCCGUGCUCACCCAGUCCGUCAAAAACAACACACAAGUCCUUAUCAACUGUCGGAAUAAUAAGAAGCUGCUGGGCCGAGUUAAGGCUUUUGACAGGCAUUGCAACAUGGUCCUGGAGAACGUGAAGGAGAUGUGGACAGAGGUGCCAAAGAGUGGCAAAGGCAAGAAAAAGUCCAAGCCAGUCAACAAAGACCGUUACAUCUCAAAGAUGUUUCUGCGAGGGGAUUCUGUGAUUGUGGUGCUGAGGAACCCUCUCAUUGCUGGGAAAUAAGACUACUACCUAAAAAUGUCCUGUCUGUUGUCCUUGAUCCUGGCCCUCACUGAACCUCCCUCCCUCCCCUCCUGAUUGGUGUAUGUCAGAAAAGGUGAAAGCUUAAGAGAGAUAAAGGAAAAUCUGUAAGAGGGGGCUUUGACCUGUCUAACCUGGGUUUUGUGGGUGUGAAAAGUCACAUAUUGGACUAUAUGGAUACAAUAGGUGGUCUUUUAAUAACAUACAUUUUGAGAGUCUCAAGUGACUUGUACAUUUUGUUUUGUUAAGACCUUUUUUUUAUUAAAAUGCAGAA